AUCAAACUCUAUUAGCAUAAAAAACAAAUCAAAUAUAAAACGUGACACGUAGUUUGGUGCGGUAGAGAGGAUUUGAUUUCCAACAGAAGGGAUAAGCUCACAAUUAAGAUGGAGUAGUAAAUAAAUAAUGAAUAAAAAAAGCUUCUUUCCCAAAUCGUUGUUAUCCACCCCACUAAUCCCACCAAAUCUCUCAUUUGCGACCCACGAGAAGCAGUUGCUUGAUCGGCGAUUAAUCGGCCGCCGGGAUGAAGAAGGAAGAUACAGUCAUGCUGAUCAGCGCCGAGGGGUUUGAAUUUGUCAUCGACAAGAAAGCGGCUAUGGUUUCUCAGACGAUCCGCAACAUGCUCACUUCUCCAGGUGGUUUUUCCGAAACGGAGCACGGAAAGGUGACUUUUCCGGAGAUAAGCACCACCAUUCUGGAGAAGAUCUGCCAGUAUUUUUACUGGUCUCUUCAAUAUGCUAGUGGCAAGGAGACUGAGUUCCACAUUGAACCUGAGCUCACGCUGGAACUUAUGAUGGCCGCUAAUUACCUACACACCUGAGCGUUCCAAAUACUUCAUCGCAACAUCUCUAAUACUAACCCUUGGAAGAUUGACGAGGUGUUGCUGUUCAUGUUCUGACAUUUGACGGCCCUUAUAGUAUUUUGUAGUUCCAGUCUUUCUACUAUGCAUAGCUACAGCCGGAAUGCAGUAAGGUGUUGGUCAUAUUCUCUUAGCUAUAGUUAUCUGAGAAUAUGGCACCUCUACUGUUCUAGUUGUAGAUUAAACAAACCCGUGACAAGAUAUUUUAGACAAAGUGACUGCAUAUAUUAAAAUCGUAUGUAAAUUCAUGUUUGUAUGUUUUUCUGCUCUUGAUUUAGAACUUCACUUUCUUCA